CUCCAAGCGGUCCUCCAUUGAACAUCACAAUCUCAUCAAGAAGUACAUCAUCAUUGUCUUUCACCUGGGAUCCUCCUGAGAAAUAUAAACAAAAUGGCGUCAUUAUCAGUUAUACUGCGUGUGUUUCACAUUCAGAAAAUGGUCCUUGCUUGGAAAUAUUUACAACCAGUAAAAGGGAGUGGCUCGUCAGAAAUUUGAACCCAUCAACAAAAUAUUAUGUUCGUGUUCUUUCCAGUAAUAAAGCAGGAAAUAGUGCUUACAGUGAAAGUAAAGGAUUUUUUACUAAUGGAAGUAAGUACAAAAUCAACAUUUCGAUAUUGUCUGUGGUGAAGAAAACGCCUAUUUAGAAUUUUAUGUUUGCCUACUUUUAUGCUGUUCAUUACCCUACACAGUGCUUCGUUAUGGCAAUACAUUUUAUUCAUUAAAACUUUCACAUUUUCCUCCAGGAGCAGCAAAGAAGGCCACAGAUGUGACAUCAACUACACUUACAUUUUCGUUGAAAAUUCCAUCAAAAACGUUUCUGUAAGUUUAUCGACUCUUUGAUGGUACCAUUAUAAAAUCCAGCUUCCGUGGUCUCCCUUGUAUUAUACUUGUAACCUGCUGAGUCUGAACUCUAUAUCUUGUGUUUGUCUACUGUAUGCAAAUGAUUUUUAAUUCCCAUUGCAGACAUAAAUCGACACUCUGUUGCAUCGGCCACAUAGACAUAGUCGCCAUCGUCAUGACCAAUAGAAAAUCAGCUUCCAUUGAGAUUAGUUUUAGAUAUUAGCAAGCUAUUUGGAUCUAUUAUUAACGGUUGUUAUAUUUGAAGUGAAAAGGUAAAAUUUUGUUUGUAGUUAUUUCUACGUGGUUGCUUUGAAAUUAAAAGAUGGCAAGGAACCUACAUCAUCUGACAGUUACGAGAACAGUAUGUUAGUGACGUAUGUCGAGGCAAGAAAAUCAACCAAUCCGAAACCUUAUAUCGCUGCAGUAGUUGCAUCCAGCGGAGUUGAUGGAAACAUGUUUAUACUUGGUGAUGGCAGAAAUACAAGUGAUCCAACAUCACGAAAACGCAUAUCAACCUCGAGUGAUUAUUAUAAUGGUGCGCUAGAGCCUGGCACUAGUUACAGUAUUUUUCAAAGGAUUGCACUCAAUGAUAAGGUAUGGUACUUUGUUGGUUAUGACCAUAAUGUAUCAAGAUCUGAUCGUUUGGAAACUGAACGGAAGUCAUCUUCUUAUGUUUUUUGUCUGAGUUUAUGUUCAUUUGAGCAUGGUCAUUGAUGAUUGAGCUCAUUGUAUUUCGUAUAAUAAAGUGAUCGUCGAAUAGGGAUAGCUGAGAUAAACGUGCAACCACGAUGGUAAUAUUUAAUGAAGUUGAGACAAAGGAUUUGUGCACGGUGAGGUACAUAGUUCAACAUCAAACAAAGGUCUUCUAUUUUGUAACUUUGAAGUUUGCAGGGCUUCCAGACCAUCAUAUCUUGACAGACUAUGGAUAUCACAUGCACUUUAGAAGUUAAGCUUUCCUUGUCUAUUUUCUCCUUUAAAAGUAAUUGGGCAUCGACACAGUUACCAUGCAAACAUGGUAAGAACAACGCGAUAAAGUCAUUCGUGCAUCAAAAACAACACUGAUAAAUUACUUCCUUUACUUUAGAGUGAAUAUUACUCCACAGACUGGAGCCCUGCUUCCAAAACGAACGAAUAUACAGGUAAACACCGUAAUAUGGGCAAACAAUUUAAUUAACUGUAUUCAUAGAUAAUUUGGAGUUAGAUGGUAAAAUCACGAGUAAAGAAUACAUAUGAAAUCCGUUAUUCAUAGAAAAUAAAGAUAGUCCAUUUGUUCGCUGAAAACAUGUUCUUUGUUAGUAUAUUGAAAUAUCACUUGUAUUUUCUGUUUCUCAGGUGGCCCUCGUGUAUUGACCAAGAUAUCCAGCGGUGUCAUAAAGGCAAAGGAAGGUGAUCUUGUCAACCUACUGUGUUCUGCUCAAGGUGAACCUCCAAUUACUUUCAGCUGGGAAAAAGAUCAGAAGCCAUUGGAAAGUUUCACGGAAACUGAAAAGCCCCACCGCAGUUCUUUCCUUGUUGUGACAGUGACAGAAACAAGUUUCGGAAAAUAUAUUUGUCAUAUCCGAGACCGAUUUCAAAGCACUACUCAUACAAUUUCGAUCCAGAAAGAUACAGGUAAUACUGCAUUCGACUUAUUCAUCAUGUAAUAAAACAAAACCUAAUCAGAACACAAUAAUUUCUGUUUUAAAUAAGUUAUCCUGAAUGAUUACGUGAUCCAAAGAAGCGCGUUUUUAGAUAUUCAAAGUUAAUGCGUUGUUUAAUUUUUACAUAGGUGCAGAAGAUGGUGAAAACUGUCUCGCUGGAAUUAUAGUAUUAGCAGUUCUGCUGGCCAUUUCAUUUGUUGCCCUUGCUUACUUUAUCUACCAAAUACGUCGACUCAAAUCAUCAAAGGCAAACCCAGAGAACAAGAGCAUGGACGGAAAUAAUUCUAAAGAUAUUUAUGAAAAUCCUGACAAAGUUGAAGAUGAUGUGAAUUAUGAAGACUCGACGUAUAAAGGUCUCGAAAACACUGGGAAGGACGAAAAUGAUGAUCACUUAUAUAGCCAACUAAAUGAAGUACACAAGGACUACGUGAAUCAGAAGGAAACUGGAAUUUAAGGGGGCUCUUGCACGAAGCCCGUUUGGUUUUUCUAGUGGAUAAGUUUAAUAUAGAAAAACAAGUCAGCAUAAAUUUGUUAAAUAACCAAACUGAACUCUUUCGACUUCAAUAGAUAAUUAACAAUCCGAAGAAAUUGUUUAAUAGACUGUUAUCAUUGUAUUUGAAAUGUAUAAAACAUAUCUAUAGCCGUGAGUACAUUCUACUACGUGAUUUAGGAACGUUUGAUAUUGACAUAGACACUUUAUUGUAGCUCCCUAACAAGGGUCUUUCGCUAAAAUUAAUAAAUACAAUAUAUAAAUACUAUCUAAUUAAAAACAAUUUAACUCAAUGAGUUCGUUCUGAGUUCAUUUCGAAGUCUUUUCUUAAGAAAUCUAGAUCUAGUGUUCUCAAUUUCCUUAAUAUCACCGUUAUCACGAGGCAAAUCAUUAUACACAUUCAUACACCUUCGGUGUACCUUAAUCCAUCAUCACAUUAAAUUAAGUAAUUCGCUUGUUCAUUGAUUGUUUUCAACGCAUAUUUUCCACGCAACUCAACUGGAGUAGUCUUUUGUACCAAAUUGAGUUCCAAAUAGUUGAACUAAACUACAGUCGCGGAUAUAACUUGUUAAUAAAAUUUGGCUCUUUGAGAGUUUAAGUUGUGGUUCGUUUCCUGUAUCUCACCUAAACCAUAUCUCCCCCUUCUUCUCCCAGCACAAUGUUGCUGAAUUACAUUUAAAAUGUGGGGAAAAUAAUGGCAACAUUGGGUGGGGGAGAGGGGGGAAACCUAAUGAAGUUAUUUGAAUGUAUUUUCCUAAAAUUUCGAUCUAUUUUAUUAACAGUUUUGUCCAUAUGAUUGCUUAAACUGAAAUUAACAAUGUUCCAAGUCAAAUUAUAUGUGAAGCUAUAGUUAGUAGUAUACCUUUAUUCAAACAGAGUAGUUCUGUCAGCGACAGAAAGUCACUGCUAUCAAUAGGAGCUCUGAUAUACAAGUAAAAAUGGUACAUAUGUUCAACAAUUUAUAAAUCUAAGAGUUCUAUAAUUUAAAUUCAAGUUCAAUACGAGUUAAUAGUUUAAAGCUAAAAAUUCUAUACUAAAUUAGAAAGUCAUUGGCACUGUUUAAGUUUAUUAUAUAUUUUACAGCCAUUAUAGUAGAAACUACGUUUUGCAGAUUCUGUUCUAACUCUAGGCAGGUGAAGAACUCUAGGCAGUUUGUUUUCAUGUUUUUGAAGUUCUUGGUGUGUUUCUGUCCAUAUUCAUCUCUACCAAACGAGUAUAUUAACGACAGCAUUGUGUAUUUAAAAUUUUGAUGCCUUUUUAGUCUCUAGAACACAGACUAAAAUCAGAAAAAAGAGCCGAAACCAUAACCUAUUUAAUUUAAUUUAACUUAAUUUAAUAAAUUAAAAGUUAAUUUAAUUUAAUUUGAUUUGAUUUGAUUUAAUUUAAUAAAUUAAAAGUUGAUUUGAUUUGAUUUAAGAAACUUACUCAGACCGCCUCUAGAAAAUGUUGCUACAUCCCUUAAAAUAACCAUUCUACCAUAUUUUUACUCCUAACUGUCGUUUAAGAAAAAAAAUGCAACCCCCGAACAAAAGUUACAUUUACGACCGAAUGUUUUGAUACCCCAAGCUUGUGUCUUUACACCAAGGGUAAUCAAAUCAUUGUAUAUUCAAAAUGUCCGAGUUAUAUUAAUUUUAUUUAUUUAAGUACAAACCUUGGUUUUAUUCUUCAGCUCCAAGCGGUCCUCCAUUGAACAUCAAAACCUCAUCAAGAAGUACAUCAUCAUUGUCUUUCACCUGGGAUCCUCCUCAGAAAGAUAAACAAAAUGGCGACAUUAUCAGUUAUACUGCGUGUGUUUCACAUUCAGAAAAUGGCCCUUGCUUCAAGAUAUAUACCACAAUUGAUAGAGAGUGGAUCGUGAGAAAUUUGAACCCAUCAACAAAAUAUUAUGUUCGUGUUCUUGCCAGUAAUAAAGCAGGAAAUAGUGCCUACAGUGGAAGUAAAGGAUUUUUUACAAAUGGAAGUAAGUACAAAAUCAAUAUUUCGAUAUUGUCUGUGGUGAAGAAAACACUCAUUCAGAAUUUGAUGCUUGCCUACUUUUAUGCCGUUCAAAAACCCUACACAGUGCUUCGUUAUGGCAAUGCAUUUUACUCAUUAAUACUUUCACAUUUUCCUCCAGGAGCGGCAAAGAAGGCCACAGACAUGACAUCAAGUACGCUCACAUUUUCGUUGGAAAUUCCAUCAAAAACGUUUCUGUAAGUUUAUCGACUUUAUGAUGUACCAUUAAAGUCUAGCUUCCGUUGUAACAUAUACUUGUAAUAUACUGAGUCUGGACACUAUAUCUUGUUUUUGUAUACUGUAUGCAAAUCAUUUUUAAUUUUCAUUGCAGACAUAAGUCGACACAUAGACAUAGUGCCAUCGCCAUGACCAAAUAGAAAACCAGCUUCCAUUGAGAUUAGUCUUACAUAUUAGGAAGCUAUUUGGAUCUAUUGUUAUAUUUGAAGUAAGAAAGUAAAAUUUUGUUUGUAGUUAUUUCUACGUGGUUGCUUUGAAAUUGAAAGAUGGCAAGGAACCUACAUCAUCUGACAGUUACCAGAACAGUGAGUUAGUGAAGUAUGCCGAGGCAAGAAAUUCAACCACUCCAAAACCUUAUAUCGCUGCAGUUGUUGCAUCAAAGGAUGAAAACAUGUUUGUACUUGGUGAUGGCAGAAAUACAAGUGAUCCAACAUCACGAAGACGCAGAUCAACCUCAAGUGAUUAUUAUAAUGCUCCGCUGGAGCCUGGUACUAGUUACAGUAUUUUUCAAAGGAUUGUACUCAAUGACAAGGUAUGCCGCUUGUUGGUUAUGACGAUAAUUUGUUUGGAAACUAAACAGAAGUCAUCGUCUUAUGUUUUUUUUUUCUGAGUUUAUGUUCAUUUGAGCAUGGUUAGGGUGAUCUAGCUCAUUGUAUUUCGUAUAAUAAAGUGAUCGUUUAAUAGGGAGAGCUGAGAUAAGCGUGCAACCACGAUGAGUAAUAUUUAGUGAAGUUGAGACAAAGGAUUUGUGCACGGUGAGGUCCAGUUCAACAGCAAACAAAGGUUUUCUGUUUUGUAACUUUGCCGCGCUUCCAGACCAUCAUAUCGGCCUGAUAGACUAUAUGGUUAUCACACUUUAGCUUUCCUUAUCUAAUUUCGCCUCUAAAAGCAAUUUGGCAUUGACACAGACGCCAAACAUGGUAAGAACAACGCGAUAAAGUCUUUCGUGUAUCUAUAACAACGCUGAUAAAUUUCCAUUUACUUCCUUUACUUUAGAGUGAAUAUUACUCCACAGACUGGAGCUCUGCUUCAAAAACGAACGAAUAUACAGGUAAAUACAGAAAAACUAUUUCGGCUGUAUUCAUAGAUGAGUUAAGUUAG